UCGUGUUACGGUUUUGCGAUUUGCAUUUGCUCCUCUUUAACAAUUUACAGAUUCCUUGUAAUUAUUUGCCGAUGUUUAGUAGAUUUAUCACUCGAGUUAACAAUUCCGAAUGCAUAUUCGAUGCAAUGUUAUGUGGAAGAGAGCAAAGAAUUAGGUUUGGUUCAUCCUAACGCUUGGCAAGAAUGGCUGCAUCUGCCAGCGAAAUCGAAGACUUCCUAAGUGGACCUCUUAUUUCGUGGUUCAAAUCAUGUCUCCCAGAGCCAGAAAGCAUCAAGAAUUAUUCAUCCCUAUUCGAUGGAGAUAUCCUACACCAUAUCUACCUCCAGAUUGAUCCAGAACCAUCAUUUCACAUUACAAAAUUAACAGGGCUUGAAGACCAAGCACUCUUAUUGGGAAGAGUAAAAAACUUUGAUGCUAUAGUUAAGAAUGUAAAAGCAUUAUAUGAUGAAGAAUUGGGAAUGACACUUUUAGUUGUGCCAGAGUGCAUUUGCUUGGGAAAGGCUCCAGAAUCUCGUGAGGGAUUGGAAAAUAUGAAGCUACUCGCUCUAUUAUUACUUGGUGCAGCUGUUCAAUGUCCUAACAAAGAAGUUUUCAUUACAAGAAUUAAGGAACUGGAUGUUGAUUUACAGCACAAUAUUGUAGAAUGUAUAAAACAGGUAACAGACAUGCAAACAGUUGUAUUGACACCAGAUGCAAUAGAUCUAUUCCAAUCACCAGCUAUGUUUAAUCACAUGAGAAGGCUAGCCAAAGAAAGGGAUCACUAUUUACAAAACUGGGCAUCUUUAGUCCUGAAUGAAGGUUUGUGUGAAAACGAAAAUGAAAACAAAAGUGGAAAAAGCAGAUCAACACAAAAUGUCAAUCAGAAUAAUGGCGAGAGUCAACAUUUGGCUGUUGAAUUAGCUGAUUGGAAAGCAAGGCUCAGAAAACAAAGACAAGAAUUGGAAGAAAAAUCAGAACAGCUUUCAGAAUGUCGAGAGGAAUUGGAACAUACAAAACAAGUGUUAGCGAAAUUACGUGCAGAUAGUCAAGAGUGGUUUAAUGAGGCCAGAAAAGCUGCAGGAUAUAGAGAUGAAGUCGAUGCUCUUAGAGAAAAGGCUGAGAGAUGUGACAGGUUAGAACAAGAAAUUCAGCGGUAUCGUGAUCGUUUAGCUGAUGCUGAAUAUUAUAAAACUCGAGUAGCUGAGUUACGUGAAGACAACAAAGCUCUAAUGGAAACAAGAGACGCUUUGGAAGAACAAUUACAAAGGGCGCGUAAAAGAGCUGAACAAUGUUUAACUCUAGAAGCAGCUAUGAUAAAACUAAAAAGAGAGGCUAACGACAUUGCUUUGGAAAGAGAUGCUGACCAGCAAAAGAUUCAAGAACUCAUUGAAGAAAAUAAUCAUUUACAAUACAUAACCAGAUCAGUUUUAAGCGAAAGUAAUAAUAGUAAUUUAGAUACAGAUAAUGAAGGUGAAAAUACGUUGGAGUCGGGUGAAAAUAGUUUAUCCGAACAAUUGACAAGUAACGCACAAGCGCGAGCUUUAAAACUUGAACUAGAAAAUAAGAGACUACUUUCUACUAUAGACAGUCUCAGAGAACAAUCGUUAUUAGAAAGCAGUGAUAAAGUUUUAGAAUUAGAAAAAGAAAAAAAGAGAUUGACCCUGAAAUGUGAACAGUUACAAGAAAAUUGUAACAGGCUCAAGCAACAAAAUUCAGAAUUGGAGGAAGUAUUUAAGAAUGCUUUAGAAGAAAAUCGCAAGUUACAAGAUUCAUUAGAUAAGCAGAAAUCUUUCAUGGAUAGACAAGCAAUUGAUAGAGAUUCGGAGAAAAAUAAGUUACAAGACUUCGAAACGCAUCUGGAAUCUUUAACUAAAGAUAAACAACGAAUCCAAAUGUUAUGUGAUUCCAUUCAGCGACGAGCAGACGACCUGGAGAAAACUUUAGAUUCAAGGACUAAAGAACUGAACAUCACUAAGCCUGAAGCUGAAAAAGUAACAAGACUGAUCAUACAAACAGAAGAAUUAAAAACAAAACUUACUUAUAGUGAAAAAGAGACUCAUAAUUUACAAAGAGAAGUCAAUAAAUUAAGAGAAGCAAUAGAAGAGAAAGCAGUGACGCUUGAUACAGUCACAACUGAAAUUGAACUUAAAAAUAAGGAAAUCGAAAGAUUAGCAAGACAACUUGAUAUAAAUCAGACAUUAUGUAAUAAGCUUCAAGACUUAGAACAAAAAACACAAGAGCUAAAAUCGCAUAAGAAAGUGGAUACGGAAACAAUACAAACUUUACAAAAAGAUUUAAUAUUGGAGAAAGUUAAUUUUGAUAAGUUGAGAAACUGUAUGGAAAAAUUAGGAGUAAAUACUUCCGAAAUUAUAACUAAGGACGUAAACGUCGAAGAGUUGCUGGAGAAAGUAAUAACUAAUGCAGACCACGAGACGUUAAUAUCUGAAAUAGCAGCAAAAGCAAAUGUUUUUAAAUUAGUACCUUGUAAUUGCAAUAAUAAAGAAAAACCUGAUGUCGAUGAAAGUGUAAUAAAUCCACAAAUGGAACAAUUGUCAACUGACUUAGCAGCAUUGCAAGUUUCAUUGGAAAACUGCAAAGCUGAAAAUGCAAAACUGCAAGUCAAUGUAGCUACAUUAAAUUCGCAAAAUGGAUCUCUGAUUUCGCAGCAAAUGACUUUACAACUUGCGAAUAGUCAGCUAGCUGCAGAAAAAGAAGAAAUAUUAAAACAAUUGGAAGUCUUAAAGGAUAAACAAGAUAACCUCUUGCGCGACCAAGUAGCUUUACAAACACUCCAUGAACAAUUGAACACAGAAUAUGAAAUGUUACUGAGUGAAAAAGAACCCGUAAAAGCAGCCAUUCGAGACUUAAAAACUGAAAAUAGGGAGAUAAAAGAAAAUUUAGCCACAUAUGAGAAGAAGGUUGCAGAACUUGAGUUAGAACGUGAGAACCUAAAAAUAGAAUCCAGAAAUUUAACUAAUCUUAGAGCUGAACAUUCGAAACUAAAGGAAGACUUCAGAAACCUGUUUACUGCCAGUGACAGAUUGAAAAAUGAGUACAGAAAUAUGCAAGAAGAAUAUAGAAAUAUUCGAAGUGAAGUUGCACAAUUAAAGUUAAGAAAUACUGAGAUGUCUGGCGAAAUAAAUACGAAAUCCGAGGUUAUUACAAGUAUGGAAUUAGAAAUAAGCAAAACAAAUCAACAUUGUGAUAUGUUGAUACAGAUGAAUAAAAGUUUAGAUGCAGAUAGAAGAUCAUUAAUGGAUCACGUGUCUCAACUUCUCACGCAGUAUCACGAGUUACUAGCACACUCUUUAAAAGACAAACAACACUAUCAUGAAGAAGAAAAAAUGUUCGCCGACAGAGUAAACGCUCUCUGUCGUCAAAAAGAAAAACUAGAAGAAAAAAUUAUGGAGCAUUACAAAAAACUGGAUAACUGCACUCCCAAAAGACGAGGCUUCGGCGCAUCAUUCGUUAAACGAGUGCGGAAAGCUGGCACGGACUUAAUCAACAAAGUGCCGUCGAGAAGCAACAAACGAAUAGAGGACUCGAGUCGGUCAAAAUCACAGCUCACGCUCGCCGGUUCCGAGUCUGGCGAAUCCGACCCGGGUAGUCAAGAUCUAGAGAAACUGUCCAAAAUUUCCGACCCAGACCAAGGCAGCUCAAAUCCAAGCGUCGAAUCACCCAGGCACAGUUCCGAAUUAAGUUUUAACCGGCGGUUUGAUGACACUCUUUUAAAGAAGUCUGAAAAUAUGGAUAUGUCGGCAUCGCUACAUAGCAUAGACCCGGUGAGAAUCCCGAGCGAGAGUAAUUUCGUGCGAAGGCUGUCGUCAGCGUCCAUUCACAGCGGCGGAGGAGACGAUGCUCUGAUGCGCGCCUCGCUGCGGCGACGCCCGCACAAAGCCGUUCCGCCUUCACAUCGAAAUAGUUAUCAAGGGUUAGAGGGAGAAACCAGUUUGCCUGCAGCAUCAACACCAUCCCCCGUAUUCGGCGCUGCCGGAACUCGUCGAACGGUAUACUUGACGGAUGACAAUCCAGAAGUCAAUCUAAACAGCAAGCCACAAAGUACACCGGUGAAGGAAAAUCCUACUUACUUGGUUUACAAUAGAAUUUCUACGGUAAUUGGCGAUGGAGCUUGUAAAAGCAGCGGCGAUAGGCCGACGAACGAACACCACAGGACGCAGGAGCAGCCGCGCCCAGUGGAUGACGGCGAACAAGAGAGAGACGACGCGCGGCGGACGGCGAGUCGCAACGACAAGCCGGACAAUUCUAAAGAAACGGCGAUAUGGUACGAGUAUGGGUGUGUAUGAAUUUUUUACAAGAGUCUGUCCAGUGAAAGCUGAUAGUGGGAAUGAGAGGCUUUAAACAUUUUAGGUUGUUUAACUAGGAAUGGACGUAUUUGAUACUUUACAUUUUUUUUUUUAAUAUUUACCUACACAGAUUGCUUAAUAAACUCUAUGCAUUAAUCUUCUUUUUGCUAUACAAAUACACAUUGCAGAAAACAGGAUUUUACUGUAUGGGACUAUGUCAAUAUCUAAUAUGAUUUUUAGUGCUCCGUAACUCAAAAGGAAAAACGGAACCGUUAUCGGAUCACUGCUAUGUUGUCUGUCUGUCGCGUCUGUCGAGAAAACCUAUAGGUGUUUAGGUUAGGCUAGGCCGGUUUUAUUACUAUGUUUAUAGAAUAAUUUUAUUAAUAUUAUGCGAUCCAAUAAAACAAAUUCUGUAGAAUUUUAUAGUAUAAAUAUUCUGCAUUAUUACUUAUCUAAGCAAAACAAAAAUUAUAAGGAUUUAGUAUCAAAACCAGGUGAGUUCAUAAAAAACCGGUCAAGGGCAAGUCCGGCUCGCACAAGAAAGGUUCCGUACCAUCGUAUAAAAAUAAAUAAAUUUUAAAUGAUGUAAGCACAAAUUCACGGUUUUAGAAUUUUCCCUUAACUUGUGCUAUAAGACCUACCUACCUGCUUUUCA